AUGGCUUCAUGGAUCUUCUCAACAUUAAAUGAUGUGUUCCAGGCUUUGAAGGGGGCGAACACAACCAUCAUCACAGACCAAGACGUCCCCGGCGACGAUCUGACAGGCAAAUGGAUCAUUAUAACCGGAUCCAACAACGGCGUCGGCUUUGAAGCUGCAAAAUCUUUCGCAUCAUGGGGCGCAAAUAUCAUCUUCGCCUGCCGCGAGCCACCUACAUGGGAAUUGCAUCCGACAGCAGCUGUGGACGAAUGCAGAGAGCUUGCCGCGAUUUGCGGCCAUGCGUCCACUAUUGAAUGGUGGCAAAUCGACAUGUCAGAUCUCCGCAGCGUUGAUGCUUUCUGUCAAAGAUGGUUAAAAUGCGACCGUGCUUUGGAUAUUUUAUGCAAUAACGCGGGGAUUGCAGAGCCUACCCAGCAAACCCGUGUAACGCAAGAUGGGUUCCAGAUGGUUCAUCAGGUCAACUUCUUAUCUCAUGUACUACUAACCCUUCGACUCCUACCAUCUCUAGCCCGCAGUGCCGAGCCACGAGUUAUCUGCACAACCUCAUGUUUCCACCACAUAGGACUCUUCGAUAUCGACCAUGUGAAUGGCGAACCAGGCAGCAAAGGCAACGAUUACCGGAACAAUAAGCUCUACUUCCAAAUGUGGGUUGCAGAGAUGCAGUCUCGACUCCUCAGGCACCCCGAGUACCUCCACAUCACAAUCAACGGCGUCCAUCCCGGCUUUGUGGCAUCCGGUAUAUGGGACGGUCUUGAAAAUGCGGGCAAAGCCCCGAGCGGACUGAACUUGCUUUUGCGCUAUGUUGCUAUCACGUCGCAACAGGGUGCAUUGGCUAUUACUCAUGCAGCUACUAGUUUGGAGCUUGGGCCAGAUCCUAGGAAGCAGGGUGUUGGUGCGGAAAAUGGACGUGGUGGAGGGAAAUAUAUCAAUCGAAUAUGGGAGGGGCCUAUGAAAUCAUAUUGUAAUGACCAAGAGGCUAGAUCUAGAUUGUGGAUCAAACUAGAUGAGGAGCUUGGUUUACAAGAGAAGGGUCUUCUGGAUGUUUUGGGUCUUUAA